AUGCAAGCUGACCAUUGCGGUCGUACCCCCGCGAAGGUAGCGUGGCGAGCAGGACACGCCAACAUCUGCCGCCUGCUGGAGCGCUGGCCGGCACCUGCAGCUUCUGCAGCUUCAGGAGGUUCCGCAGCUUCUGCUGCCCCCUCAGCACCUGCUCAUCACGAUCUACCAUCUGCAAGGCCGCCUAGUGCUGGGUCCCCAGAAUACAAGCGUCGUAGCGUGCAUAGUUCUAAUUCUACGAAGUCGUCGUCCAACAUGACGGCCGGCUCAGCUCGCUCGCACUCUCACCACGACCAGGCAGAGACUGGCAAUACUGAGAAGGGUAACCGCGCGAACCUGUCCCUGUCGUUCGCCCAGCAAGUGGCGCGGUGUGGCCGCGGACGCAGGGACCAUGUUCAACAUCACGACAUACCGGAACAUCAUGUCGUCGAGAAGGACUCUAAACUCAGAAGCUACCUAGCGAACGAGCGCGACCUAGAGCUGGGCGCAUGGUCGCAGGCGGCCCCCGCUCCCCCCGGACACAUGUCCCCCCUGUACGCGUCUCCCCCUCGCACUCCCGUCAGUGAUCUAUGCAGUCCCACGCAACCUGCGCUACCGCCCAGUUUUGGUUCUCAGCCCCCAAGUCUGACAUCGGUGCAACCAGUUCUGACCGACACCCACUUCAAUCGAGAUACCCAUAUGAGGAUCAUACUCGGACGAGACAGCAAACCGCCGCAGGAUAGGAGCGAGAGUAAAAGCAAGAGGAACGGUAUAGUCACGAAUCCCGCUAUGCGGCUGGUCGCCAACGUCAGAAAUGGACUCGAUAAUGCAGCCGCGAAUAUACGACGAACAGGCGUAGCUCUAGCAGCUAGCGCCAGCUCUGCCAACCCCGCAGUCAAAACGAAUGCUUUCCAAUGGAGAAAAGAGACACCACUAUAA